AAGUCCCCCCCCUCUUCGCGUCUUCACGAUCAAUCUUUCAGAAUCAGACCCUAAAUCGCCGCAAAGAUGUCUCGCCGAUCGAUAUCGCUCCUGAAGAAUCUAGCGAGGAAUACGACCGGGUCCGGAUCGGGUUUUCAAACCCGAUCGGUGACUUACAUGCCCAGACCCGGCGACGGCACGCCACGGCCGGUGACGCUGAUUCCCGGCGACGGGAUCGGUCCGCUUGUGACGAACGCGGUGGAGCAGGUGAUGGAGGCGAUGCACGCACCGGUGUACUUUGAGAAGUACGAUGUUCACGGAGACAUGAAGAAAGUGCCACAGGAGGUGAUCGAUUCGAUACGGAAGAACAAGGUGUGUCUGAAGGGUGGGCUCAAGACACCAGUCGGUGGUGGUGUUAGUUCGGUGAAUGUUCAGCUGAGGAAGGAGCUUGAUCUCUACGCGUCGCUGGUCAACUGCUUCAAUUUGCCUGGCUUGCCCACUCGGCACGAGAACGUGGACAUCGUGGUGAUCAGAGAGAACACCGAAGGCGAGUAUUCAGGGCUUGAGCACGAGGUUGUUCCCGGUGUUGUCGAGAGCCUUAAGGUGAUCACGAAGUUCUGUUCAGAGCGUAUUGCCAAGUAUGCUUUCGAGUACGCCUACUUGAACAACAGGAAGAAAGUUACAGCUGUGCACAAGGCUAACAUCAUGAAACUUGCAGACGGUUUGUUUCUCGAAUCUUGUCGAGAAGUUGCUAAGAAGUAUCCAAGCAUCACCUACAACGAAAUUAUUGUCGAUAACUGCUGCAUGCAACUUGUAUCAAAACCAGAGCAAUUCGACGUCAUGGUAACUCCCAAUCUCUAUGGGAAUCUCGUUGCCAACACCGCAGCAGGAACUGCAGGAGGCACUGGCGUCAUGCCUGGAGGUAAUAUAGUUACUACAGAACAGAUAGAAAACAUGAAAACAGAAGGAAAUGUGGGGAAGGAUAAGAUCGUACAGCAAAAGACGGCAAACCCUGUGGCUUUGCUACUGUCCUCGGCCAUGAUGCUGAGACACCUUCAGUUCCCUUCAUUCGCUGAUCGGUUGGAAACUGCAGUGAAGCGAGUGAUCUCGGAAGGGAAGUAUCGGACUAAAGAUCUUGGUGGAGAUUGCACCACGCAAGAGGUGGUUGACGCUGUCAUUGCAAAUUUGGACUGACUGACUGGAAAUCCAGGUUCAUGUUACAGGGUCUAUACAUUCUUUUGAUGAAAAAUCAAAUUGGGUUUUGCCAAUCAAACAUCUUCGAAAUAAGUAUUGUUGCACGAUUGUUGGGUUCAUUUCAGAAUUUCCAUCUUAGCUCCUCAAGAAGAGGGGAUUUAGAUGUUCCUCGAGUCUUUUUUUCAUUUCUAUACAGUAAAUUUGGGAAAGUUACCAUGAUAUAUUACCUAAUAUUUGAAUUUCAUUACCAUGUUUCUA